GGGUGUGGUUGCCAGGGGGCGGGGCCCGGCCGCCGGCCAGACUUGCCACCCCAGCAGCGGCGUCUGGGGGUCUGCCCCUGCUUGCCGUUCCGGAGAGCCGGCCAUGGAGGCGUCGCGCUGUGGACUGGCUCCCCACGGGUACAGUGCCUUUGAAGACGAGACUAUGCGGCUUCGACAGCUGAAACUGGACAAUCAGAGAGCGCUGCUGGAGAAGAAGCAGAGAAAAAAGCGCCUUGAGCCACUCAUGGUGCAGCCAAACCCAGAAGCCAGGCUGCGUUGGUCCAAGCCGAGGGGUAGUGAGGACCAAACUCCUUUGGUGGAACCUUGUACCCUUCACAGCGAUGUCAUCCUGCACGGCAUUGACGGUCCAGCUGCCUCCCUGAAGCCAGACGCUCAAGAUCAGGAAACCAAAGUUCAUGUUCUCUCCGUAGGCUCUGCCACCACGGAAGAGGAGACUGAGGACAGUGCUGGAGGGGAGGGCACUGUGGAUACCGUUUCCAAGCCUGGUCUUCAGGAGAUUCUCCAAAAACACGGCAUCUCGAGCAGUUUGAACUUUGAUGAGGAAGAGACGGAUGGUGAGGAAGAAGAUGGGAAAAAAUUAAGUUCCCAUUCCCCACAUUCAGAAACAGGAAGACCCAAUUCUGCAUCUAGCCAGAAAUCGACCACAGAUACAGGGGCCACCGGAACCACCGCCCCGCGGCCGGACAACCAGCUGGGAGAGGUGGAGAACCUGGAGGACUUCGCGUACAGUCCUGCCCCGCGGGGCGUCACAGUGAAGUGUCGGAUAACGAGGUACAAGCGAGGAAUGGACCAGGGUCUCUUCCCCACCUACUACAUGUUCUUGGAAAAAGACGAAAAUCAGAAGAUAUUUCUUCUUGCAGGUAGAAAGCGGAAAAAGAGCAAAACAUCCAACUACCUUAUCUCCACCGACCCAACAAAUCUGUCUCGUGAAGGAGAAAGUUACAUCGGCAAGCUCAGAUCCAACCUCAUGGGGACCAAGUUUACCGUGUACGAUCAUGGUGUGAACCCAGUGAAGGCCCAGGGUCUGGUGGAGAAGGUGCACACCCGGCAGGAGCUGGCGGCCGUCUGUUACGAGACAAACGUACUCGGAUUUAAAGGUCCCAGGAAAAUGUCUGUGAUCAUUCCAGGGAUGAAUAUGAAUCAUGAACGAAUCCCGUUUCAGCCACGAAAUGAUCAUGAGAGCUUGCUGUCAAGAUGGCAGAACAAGAGCAUGGAGAACCUGAUCGAGCUGCACAACAAGGCCCCCGUCUGGAACGACGACACUCACUCCUACGUCCUGAACUUCCACGGCCGGGUCACGCAGGCGUCUGUGAAGAACUUCCAGAUAGUCCAUGCGAAUGACCCCGACUACAUAGUCAUGCAGUUUGGCCGUGUGGAGGACGACGUGUUCACACUGGACUACAGCUACCCGCUGUGUGCACUUCAGGCCUUUGCCAUCGGGCUCUCUAGUUUCGACAGCAAGCUUGCUUGUGAAUGAGAGGAAGGCACGUACAGGGGCGGGGUUUCUCAGCACAGAGCCGACCAGGAACACACAGCUGCUGCCCUUGCCCGAGGACAUGAAGAUUGAUGGUCUCUCCUUUCAGAACAGUUCCUGAAUGCACGUGUGUAUCCACAUGUGUGUGUAGAAACGUCUGAACAUGUCUGCACACGUGUGUGUGUGGGUACAUCUGAACAUACAUGCACACACACUGCUCCGCUGGAUUUCAUAGACUUGUCAGGGAUCCCGGGCGAGAGAUUGUUGAAAGCAGAGAGAGGCUCUCGUCUGCAGUACGUGGGUGAGUGCUGCAGUUACUGCCUGCAGCGUGAGAUCUCCCACGCCUGGAAGGUUGCAGCGGUACGAUCCUAAUGGCGAAGUACGUGCGUCUCUUUCUUUGAAGACCUUUUCAGAGAGGGCCAGCUCCCUAAGUUGCCUUUAGUCUCCAGGGCAGGGGUCUGCACACUUUUCCGUACAGAACCAACUCAGCCGCCCAACUCUGCGUUUGUGGUGCAGAAGUAGCCACAGAUAAUCCACGAAGGAAAGACCUGCUGGAAGAAGCGACAGAGACCUCAGGAAAAGGCCACCGAUCACUUAAGCUUAGGAACGGCUGGGGGGACAUUCUGGAAAGGUGGAGAACUUUCCGCAGAGUGGAAGAAAUCGGACCCCGUGAUGAGGAAGUGUAGGACCCCAAAGCUGCGUUUCCCCAAGCACUGUUGAGAUUUUUUUAAAAAAAUAAAUACCCUCUUUAUUUUACCAAGUAUAA